GAAGAGACGGCGGAAAAUGUGUUAUUAUAGGCGAGCGCUCAUAUGUAAAGGUAAGAGAAAUCGAGUAAGAGCGACGGAAAUUUCGUGCUCGAACGUCUACCUAGAGGAAAUUCGAGAGGGUUCCGUAGAAGUUGUAAGAAUGAGCGCGUGUGAACGGAAUUAUAAGCGUGCAAACAGAGGACAAUGUAGCCUACCGCACGCUACGAGUGAAACGCGCCUUAGGAGGUAGACGCUUUUCAUUAUCGAUUUCUCAGUGAAGAUAGUUAUGUCACCAACUUUCCGUAUGUUUCCAACAUUGCUAUUGGCAGCUCUCACUGUAAGAUAGCCGGCGAUGAGAGUCUGACGGAAGCACCGAGCAUAGACUUAUUAGAUCACAGACAUCAUCUUGCAGCCAUAUUAUCAGACGGGAACUGAAUCAUCAGUCGAAUUCCCCACUCAGACAGCCCCUUUGCGGCAGAGUUCGUGGGGUGAGAUUGAGUUUACCGCCUUGUGGCUGGACUUCAACUCACUCGUAUGAGUAGGACUGCUACUCCCUGAACAAGAUCAUGUUCAUGGGGUAUCUCGGAGAUAAACCGAUAGGAAGGUUCGG